GUGAAAACAACAAAUGACGCUUCCCUUGAACUUGAAGGGCUUGUUUGAGGGUGAGAGCGCUUCCUUUGUUACAUAGGACGGGGAAAAUAGGUUGGAGACACGUUGAAGGGUGGUAAAGUCGAGGACUUGCCAUCGUGCACUACGUGCCUAGUCCCUGUCGCUGGAGGCCAGCACAUUGUAGCCGUUUGUCACAUCAGGGUGAUUGCGGUCGCUGGGGCCAACAAAAGAUUUUGCGAGCUGCCAUUCUAUGCAGAGGAAUGGACAUUCCUAGAAGAGCCUCGUUGCGCAGUGUACAGAUCCCAGGAUUCAUUGCGGAGUCUGUGUGGGGUAGCGAGCUUAGCCGGCAUGGUGAUGCUGAUUGCCACUUUGUCCUUGGGGAUGAAACGCACAUCUCGUCGGCUUCUGACGCAGUGCCGAGCAACUUUCAAUUGAUUGGAGGACACUUCGCAGUGACCUCACUCAAGGAGCAUCUCCAACAAGGCGUGAGCCAAUUGGUUUCGUCUCUGGGAGGAUCAAGAUCUCGUGGCAGCAGCGAAGAUGGUGUUGGCACUUGGAGCUCUCAGUCAGACACUGUCCUGGUGGCCCAGACCGGCACAUCACCACCGCUGAGUUUUGCUAGCAUCACAUCCGCCGCCGUUAAUCUGAGAGACCGGCUUCAUAACCGCAGAACAGAAGACAGCCAUCAGGUUCACCGUCGUAGUCGGCGAAAGACCAAGAAACAGGUCCGUUGUGGCCACUGCACACAAUCCAAGGGUCUGUCGUCCCCGUCCAGUUCAGAGAAUACCUGCACUUGUGCAGCACCUAUCUCUUUCGUCUCCACAGCUGUGGGCCAAGUUGAGAAGAAGGCAGUCACACGGCCGUCUUGGGAACAACUCCUGGCCCACCCCAUUGCUGCCCUGGCCUUCGUACCAAAGGAUACCAGCCUUUUCGUUGCUGGCGCUCUUGCUGGUGCAACCGCAAAGACAAUUACGGCGCCAUUGGACAGGUUGAAGCUUCUGUUGCAGGUACAAGAUGUCAACAGAAAAGCGGGAGCGGCAGCUGUUACUCUUUCUGGGGCUGUUGCAAAGAUCUUCAAAGAAGAAGGCGUUCUAGGUUUCUGGAAGGGCAAUGUGCCACAGGUCGUGAGGAUUCUUCCAUACAGUGCCGUACAGCUUUUCAGCUACGAGUUCUUCAAGAAAUGUUUCAAGGGCAAGAGGGACGAGCUGUCGGUGCCUGGAAGGCUUGCAGCGGGAGCUUGCGCAGGCAUGACGUCGACUCUGAUAACUUUCCCUCUCGACACACUGAGGUUCAAGAUGGCCGUCGAGCCAGAGAUGCGCACGAUGUCGCAGGCUGCAGUGACGCUAUUCCGCAACGAGGGUCUCGCAGGCUAUUACCGGGGCCUUGGCCCUGCGCUCCUGGGGAUUGCUCCGUACAUCGCGAUCAACUUCUGCGCCUACGACCUGGUAAAGAAGGCGUUUCCCGAGGAUCAGCAGCGGUCACCCCAGGUUUCGUUCGCGACCGCUGUCAUCGCCACUUCUUUGGCGACAGUGACCUGCUACCCGCUCGACACGAUCCGUCGGCAGAUGCAAGUCAGGGGGUGCCAAUACACCUCGUUGUUCGACGCGUUCCCUGCUAUUAUCGCGAAGUCUGGAGUCCUUGGACUGUACCGGGGCUUCUUCAUCAACGCUCUGAAGAACCUGCCGACAAGCAGCAUCCGGCUUACCACGUAUCAGUCGGCGAAGGAGGCGAUUGCCAAAAGCCACGAAGAGUGGAACAGAUUGGUCGCCGAAGGCCAGAAGUCUUGAUGUAGAAGUUACAUGUUGGCGGGUUGCUCGCCUCUGAAGAAACCAGGUAAUACAGAUAGGUACUUUGCACAGAAGGCCCGCAUCCACCACUGGCCGUGCAGCACCUUCGAACCGAGUGAGCGGAGAGUCUCUCUGAAGCAGCUUUUCGAUCUUGAUUUGGGAUGCGACAUUGUGAAAGAACGGGUGAUAAUGCCUAGUCUGACGGGUUUUUGGGCGGAAUCGGUCGGAGUAUUGUUCAGGUUAAGUCAAAACAAG